AUGGUGGACCCCUCUGCCCUCGCUGCCGGUGGCGGUACGCGCAAGCACACGCAGUACCCCUACGUCACGGGGACCUCGGUGCUGGGUAUUACGUACAAGGAUGGCAUCCUGUUGGCAAGCGAUACCCUUGGUGCGUAUGGGUCGACCAAACGGUACAAGUCGUUCCAGAGGCUCACCAAGGUCAACAACUGCACCGUCCUGGGAGCCGGCGGAGAGCUUUCCGACUACCAGUACAUUGUCAGGCUGCUGGAGGAACUGGCGGAUGACGACUUCUGCAUGGACGACGGGCACCACAUGAAGCCCGCCGAGGUAUUUUCCUACCUGACGCGGGUCAUCUACAACCGCCGCAACAAGAUGGACCCCCUGUGGAACAGUCUGGUGGUGGGCGGGUGGUACGCCGGCAAGCCCUUCCUGGGGUCCAUCGGCAUGAUUGGGACGCACUUCACUGACAACACAGUGGCCACAGGCUUCGGCAACCACCUGGCCCGGCCCAUCCUGCGGGAGAAGCACCGGCCCGACAUGAGCGAGGAGGAGGCCAGGGCGCUGCUGCGCGAGUGCCUCACCGUGUGCUACUACCGCGACAAGAACAGCAUCAACCGCUUCCAGAUCGCGCGGGUGUCGGCUGAGGGCGUAGACCUGGGCGAGCCCUUCGCCCUGCCCACCAACUGGGACCACGCGCUGUUCAGGGACCCUGCCGCGCACGCCGUGGGCACGUGGUGA